AUUUUUGUGGGAGAAUUUUGUUUCAGAAGAUGAAGAGAGGGAACUGAUCGCCAGAAUGGAUCAAGAUGUUUGGAGAGAUUCUCAAUCAGGCCGUCGAAAACAGGAAACUUCACUGGCCUGCCUGCUAUGAGCCGUCACCUGGUGGACAGGAUGUCAAAGGCACCUUCUUCAAUCCAGUAGAGCAGUGCAACCUAGACUAUGAUCCCCUCAGAGGCUCUGCCAUUGACCCUCACUUAGAUGAUAGUUGGCUGUGGGGAGAGCACUUGGUCACCAUUAACCUGCUCUCAGACACUGUCCUCACGAUGAGUUUAGAUCGAGGCUGGGGAGACAUGGACGAUGGGGAGGUGAGAGUAGCCGUGCAUUCACCACGCAGAUCACUGAUUGUACUCUAUGGAGAGGCACGUCACCGGUGGAAACAUGCCAUCCACAGGAAAGACAUUCACAGGCGCAGAGCGUGCAGCUCCUUCAGCUGUCUGAGGAGUUUCUAAAGGGAGGAGAGCAGGAGAAACUGGGCUCAGAGUUGCUAGAUAU